AUGCUUAGAACAAUCAGAUCCCAAUCCAUGCGAAUGGCCUCCGCCUCGUCGCGAAGAAUGCUGUCUUCCGCCGCCUCCACAUCCAUGCUAAGACAAACGCUCAAGGCUCCCUCCAUGACCGCUCAGGUCACUCGACCCACCGUCAUGACCUUCAAGCCUGUUCUGCUGUCCCGAGGAUACGCCGACGUUGUUGAGGUGCCUCCCAUGGCCGAGUCUCUGACUGAGGGUACUCUGACCGCCUUUGAGAAGGACAUUGGAGACUUUGUCGAGGCCGAUGAGGAGAUCGCCACCAUCGAGACCGAUAAGAUUGAUGUUGCCGUCAACGCUCCCUUCGCCGGAACCAUCACCGAGUUCCUGGUCAAGCCCGACGACACCGUCACUGUCGGCCAGCCUCUUCUCAAGAUUGAGCGAGGCGAGGGCUCCAGCAGCGGUGGCUCCAAGCCUCCCAAGGAGAAGAAGGAGGAGAAGACGGAGGAGAAGGAGGAGCCUGCUCCCAAGGAGGAGUCUGCCCCUGCCCCUAAGAAGGAGGAGGCCCCCAAGAAGGAGGAGUCUGCCCCUGCUCCCAAGAAGGAGGAGAAGAAGCCCGCUCCCAAGGAGGAGAAGAAGACCGAUGCCACCGAGGGUCUCGGCGGCUUCCGAAAGGAGGAGCGAGUCAAGAUGAACCGAAUGCGACUUCGAAUUGCUGAGCGACUCAAGGAGUCCCAGAACACCGCCGCUUCUCUGACCACCUUCAACGAGGUCGACAUGUCCUCUCUGAUGGAGAUGCGAAAGCUCUACAAGGAUGAGAUGCUCAAGAAGACCGGCACCAAGCUUGGUUUCAUGGGUGCCUUCUCCAAGGCCGCCGCUCUGGCCAUGCGAGACGUUCCUGCCGUCAACGCUGCCAUUGAGGGCCCCAACGGUGGUGACACCAUUGUCUACCGAGACUACGUUGACAUUUCUGUCGCCGUCGCCACCCCCAAGGGUCUGGUGACCCCCGUUGUCCGAAACGUUGACCAGCUCGACGUCAUGGGCAUUGAGAAGGCCAUUCACGACCUCGGUGUCAAGGCCCGAGACAACAAGAUCACUCUUGAGGAUAUGGCCGGCGGAACCUUCACCAUCUCCAACGGUGGUGUUUUUGGCUCUCUCUUCGGUACCCCCAUCAUUAACAUGCCCCAGACUGCCGUUCUCGGUCUGCAUGGUGUCAAGGACCGAGCUGUCGUUGUUGACGGCCAGGUUGUUUCUCGACCAAUGAUGUACCUUGCAUUGACCUACGAUCACCGAGUUCUCGAUGGUCGUGAGGCUGUCGUUUUCCUCCGAACUAUCAAGGAGCUCAUUGAGGAUCCUCGAAAGAUGCUCCUUAUGUAA